AUGAGUAUCGUGGAGAAGUUUCUUCCCAAGGAUGACCGCUUCGCGGCACUGCUUCUCUAUGGCAUGGUUUUCUCGACCUGCUUUAAUGGCUAUGAUGCAGGCAUCAUGACGGUCAUCUUGGCCGAUAAGCAGUUUAUUGACUAUUAUGACAUCGAUGACAACAAAUCUGGUUUGGUUGCGACUAUUCCUUGGGCUAUGACUGGCCUGGCACAGCUAUGGCUUGGUGGUUCACUCGCAGGAUGGCUGGGACGUUUAUGGGCGUUGCGAAUCUCCAUCUGCAUUAUGAUCAUCGGAGUGAUUGUGCAGGUGGUCCCUAAUAGCUUUGGUGUCUUGAUCCUAGGUCGACUCCUGACUGGCCUAGGCUUCGGCUGUGUUUACAUCGCUACCAACCUCUAUGUUGCUGAAUGCGCCCCCACCAAGCUGAGAGGAAGCUUCGUCGGCACCGUCUCGCAAUUCGGAUACCAACUCGGAACUCUCAUCGCCUUCUGGUCUGGGUAUGGCAUGUCCUUCCACAAGUCUCCUUACAAUAUCGCCUGGCGGGUAUCCAAUGUCAUUCAAAUCCCCAUCGGAUUGGCUUUCAUCUUCGUCUCGUUUUGGUACCCGGAAAGCCCUCGGUUUUUGCUGGAGAAGUAUCCGGAGACGCCCGAAAGGUCUUUGAAGGUGCUGUCUCGGUUGAGAUCGGGCGCGCCUACCGAUGAACGCAUUCGUGCAGAGUUCCAUGAGCUAGUUGCGAGCCACGAGUUUCGGAAGAGAUACGAUCCUGGGUAUAUCGGGCUGCUCAAGGAUAAGAGUAUGCGGAAACGGCUUGCUUAUGGGUUCUAUGCGGCGGGUCUACAACAGUGCGGUGGUAUUGCUUCCUUGACUAUGUAUGCCACUCUGAUAUAUCAAAGUCUCGGGUGGGAGUCUGGAUCUCAAGCGUUAGCCAUCAAUGGCAUCCAAGCUGUUCUACAAUUACUCAUUGUUCUCGUCAAUACUUUCACCGUGGAACGAUUCGGGCGGCGUGGCCUGCUUCUUGUUGGAUUUGCUAUCCAAGCUUUGGCGCUUUUGGUCAUGUCUUGCCUCACGACUGCCUUUCCCUCAAAUGGCAAUAAAGCUGCAGCAGUUGUGGAAGUAGCCAUGUUGUUCAUCGUCGGUUUGACGUACUGUUGGUCUAACGGUCCAAUUGCAGCCGCAGUGGUUUCCGAGAUUUUCCCACAGCAUGUGCGCGAUAAGGGAUUCGGUCUUUCGAUGCUGGGUCAGACUUGUUGGCUCAUUUUGUUGACGCAAUCUUGGCCCUCGUUUAAUAACAAGGUCGGAGGUCACAGCUAUUGGUUGUUAUUCGGUCUUAAUGUUGCAGCCGGAAUCUCCGUAUACUUUAUUCUCCCUGAGACAAAGGGUGUUUCACUGGAGCGAAUGGAGAAGAUAUUUGGCGGUCUAGACUUUGUCGAGGCCGGCGCCUUGCUUUAG